AUGGUGGGAAGCACGGGACUUAGUUUGGAUGAUGACAUAGUCCGUUUCAUUUCAUGCCCCUCUAAUUCUUCUUGUUGCAGUUUUGCAGCCACGGAAUCUCAUGUCUUUUUUGGUCAUACCAGUGGCGAAAUGACUGUUUGUCGUCUGGAGCACCACUCCAAAGGACUUGAAACUGUCGCUUCAGUAACGACUCUUCUUCCUGCUGAAUUGAAUGGGGCAAAGGGCGAAAAUCUACGCAAUAAGAGGACCAUGUCCUUGGCGAUUGAUUGUCUCUGUGUGUGUCCAUAUGCUUCGAUCAGUGGUACCCUUAUAUCGAGUUUGCACAGAGGCUAUUUUGUUACAUUUGUGACAUUUGACGCCAUGAGUUCGCGCUCUGGUGCUGGAGGUAUGCAAAUUGGUAGAUCACUGGAACUUUUUGCGGAUGAGACAAGCUUGCAAUAUACAAACCGUGUAACCGCUCACUGUUGGUUAGAUGAUGAUACAUUUCUUGUGGGAUGCCUUAACGGAACGGUGUUGGCAGUGUCAGCGUCUGUAAACGAUUCACACCGUGUCAUGUUAAGGGAGGGAUCACCCAUUAUACAGAUGGUGUGGGAUGCGGAAACGAGUGUUUUAGUUAUUUCCUCUGUGCGGCGCAGCAUUGUGGUCACGUAUGCAAACGGCUCUAUGACAUUCAAACCGAUAGGGAAUAAGCCCCGGGAGGAAGGUCUCUUUGGAGCCUGUAUUUGGCCAAUAAACCAUGCGGUGUAUGCUGCGCGGCACAACGCGCGUGUUUUUGAAUAUGUCCCUUCAAAGGGUGAAGUUUCACGGACAUACCGAAUGGAGUCCGAUGUAGCGCUGGGAGUCUUAAAGCCCUUGCGUCUUUCAUCAUUCUUGGUGGGUUCUUCUCAGGGGGAUGAGAAUUUGGACGGGGGCAAGGAACAGUUUUUUUUACCCGUUUUGCUGUGGUCUGAAGGCCCGCGAUUUAUUAGUUUUUUGCUUUUAUCUGCUACAGACACCCAUCACAUCACACGGCGUUUUGAUGAUGUGGCUAUUGUUUCCAGUGUGAUUCUUUCUUCCAUAGCGUUGGUCUUGUGCUCCGACGGUCGUCUCAUGUAUAUUCCCUUGGGAAUCAAUCCGUUAUGCCUUCAAGACGAUCGGGUGGACAAUGCCCGUGAAAUAUUGGCCCGACCGGAGUCUGAACAAACGCACGAUGCGGCAAUUACCAAAAAACGGGUCCAUCGAAUAAAAGUUGUGAAGAGAAUUGUUCGUGUGGUACGGCGGAGAGAAUUGUUGGGGCAGAGAGUGUCGCCAGAGCUACCAGGGGGAGUUGCACCUUUUUCAGAUUGUGCAGACUCCAUUGAGUCUUCUUCUUUCACCACAGAUGACAAGGCGCACAGUUGUGAUUCUCCUGUUAGCCUGAAGCGGACAUUAUCUUUGCACCGUAACAAUAGCUUCACUGACGAGGCGGAUGCAGAAGGAAUGGCUCAAAACGAUGAUUUGGGUGAGAGCCGUACUUUACAAGAAGGAAGCGGUCAUGCAAAUAAUUGUUUAUUUUCAAAUCCCUCUGACGCAGUCACAAAGGUGCCAAUUGUAGAUGGAGACAUUCCUUUUGGUGAGAGUAGCACUACUAACAGAAUGAAUUUUGUUAGAAAAGAACAUGAAAUGCAGGAAGAAAAGUCCGUGUGGAAAUCCAAGCGUUUUUUUCUGGAGUUGGACCGAAUAAUCCGCCUUUUUAAUGUCCAUGCUCUCCACCUUGGUGAACAUGAGCAGCUUUACACGGCCGUAAAAGAAUUUCUUCCACUUUUGGAAGAACGGAUGAUUGAAUGUGGGUUACUGACGAAGUCUUUUCACUCGGUGUUGAGCCAGGUAAGAGUUAUCUCAUGCGGUGCCAAUUCCCCUGCGACAUGCGACAGCAACAGAGAGGAUACAAGCUCUUUUAUCGAGGAAGAAGCCACCGUGAAUGCACUACGAAAUGUGCUUAAAUCGGCCCUUGCAUGGUCCAUCAAAGAUAAAACUGGUGAUAAAGAAAACCCAUGGGUUCAGACGCUUUUUAUUCUUUAUUUACUGCUUGCGGUCCCGUGGCCUGCGCCCCUUUUUCUGCCAAGGCGUCAUGCAACAGAACGCUAUGUGGGGGAACUGGAAAGUUGGAGGUCGCGAGGAAUAGAGGAGGAAUGGUGCUUGGAGGAAGCAAGCGUUAUUGAAAAGACAGUAAAACGCUCUGGUGCAGACGGUCGUUAUCUGCCGCUAGUUCUUGCCCUCAGUACCUCUUUUGUUUCUUCAAUGACAAAAACACAGUCUGGAAGAAAUACUCGGUUACGACUUUUAGGCGUGGUCAACGGCCACGAACAGUGUAUUUCAUUGGUGUUGCAGCUCCAGGUUGACCGGCGUUCUCUGAUGGAAUCUGAGUGUCCCUUGUCAAUGGGGUUUCAUUUGGAACAACUCAUUGUUGAACAGUCCCCGCAAAUAGUUGAUGCCAUGGAAGCGUCUCGUUACCCUUUCUGUUUCUUUUACCUCUAUUUUCCGUAUAUCUUUGCCACAUAUCCAUCGAAGGCGAUCAUUUUGUCCAUGCGACAUUAUCCAGGUACUUCCUUGGCGUUUUUUGAAUGGGCGUUGUCGAGCUCCGUUCAAGGAGCAGCAUUUCAACAACUGCGCAAGAUGGGAAGUGAGGUGGAACGACUUUCUUUAGAGGAUGUUGCUGAUGGUUUGGCAGACUUGGUACUUGCUCUGUUUGAAGCAUCGGGGCCAAGCAUCUGUGAUUCUCCGGCUGACUACCUCGCUUGUUUACGAAUUUUGCUUCAGAGACGUUUUGCAUUGUUGUGGGCACGAAUAAAAAUGGGGCAAAUGAGACUUAAACAAAUGACAUGUGGUGCGGAUGCGAGGGAGACUGUGCAGUUGCAUCAUGCAGAAGAAGGAUCCUCGACUAUUUUGCGCACUCAACGUAAGCUACAGCGAGUUGAGAGGGGUGUCUUGGGUUUGCUGCAACUUAUGCAGAGCGUCAUAAUCACUAUUGGGGUGGGGAAUUCAGUUCAGAAAGAAGAGUUCAAGCAGGAUGUUCUCAGCCUUCUCGAGGAGCAUGACUUUCCAGAGGGUGUUGUGGAGCUGUGUUGGAUACGAGAGUAUAUUGAAUACUGUAUUAAGAAGGGGUGCUUAGAGCGACUGCUGUCGCUUUUUCAAAUUCCUGGCGCCACCUCGCAGAAAGAAUGGGCGUUUUUAUUUAAACGGGCGCAUGAGGAAAACAAGCUGGAGAUUGCCAUGCUUUUUUGUCUCUCGGUAGAAAAGUUGCCGGAUCGUGUGCAGCAGUUGUUGGAAAAUGCUUUUCCCAAGCGGUUUGUAUCCGUGGAGGACGCGCAUGGCGAUGAGCAGCUGGAGAGAGUGGCGCUGAAGCUCAGCAUGCUGUUCUGA